CAUUCUCUCUUAUUGAAGAUAAAAUUAUAUUAUGGCAAUUAUGAAAACAAUUAUUUUAAUGGUGCUAAGUCAAAUUGCAUCUGGAAGUGUUAAUAUUUUCUACAAAGUUGCUGUUGCUGAUGGAAUGAAAGUACAAAUUAUGGUCUUUUACAGAUUGGUUUUUGCUACUGCUUUCAUGGUUCCUCUUGCUUUCAUUAUGGAAAGAAAAAGAAGACCAAGAUUAACUUGGACAAUACUGUUACAAGGUGUCAUUAAUGGAUUAUUGGGGGCAGCACUUGGAAGCAACUUAUAUGCAGAGAGUUUAAUUUUCACAACAGCAACAUUUUCAUCAGCUAUGUCUAACCUCACUCCUGCAGUUACAUUGAUUAUGGCUGUACUUGUAGGGAUGGAAAGAUUGGACAUGCAUAGAUUAGCAGGACAAGCAAAGUUGUUUGGAACUUUAUUAGGCAUUGGAGGAGCAUUGAUACUGAAUCUUUAUAAAGGAAUGAAGAUCCCAUUACCAUCUAUGAAUAUCCAUUUGCUUCAUACUAGUAAUGCCACAGCAACGACAGCACAACAAGCAACUUACAAUGAUAUUUGGGGCUCAAUACUUGCAUUUUUGAGUUGUGCUUCUUAUGCAUCAUGGUUGAUCUUUCAGGGUAGGAUGAGGCAGAGGUACCCUAUGUACUCAAACACUGCCUUAAUGUGUUUUUGUGGGGCUAUCCAAGCAGGGAUAUAUGCUUUUAUAAGGGAAAGGGAUUCAUCUGCCUGGAAACUUGGCUGGAACAUCAAACUUUUCACUCCUGCUUAUUCUGGCAUUGUUUCUUCAGGAUUAGGAGUGACCGUAGUAGCAUGGUGCACAAAACAAAAAGGGCCUCUCUAUGUCUCAUCGUUCUAUCCAUUAGCACUUAUCUUUGUAGCCAUAGUUGGUACAAUUGUCCUUCCCGAGGAGUUGCACCUUGGAAGCUUAAUAGGAUCAGUAUUCAUUGUUAUUGGCUUAUACGUUAUGUUAUGGGGGACAGCCAAAGAGAAGACAGUAGCUGCAGCUGAAGCCUUGAAACGUAACGACAAUGGAGUCAUUGAGAUCAUCUCAUAUGCUGGUAUAAAUCAGGCUACUGCUGCAGUAGUCCCAGAAUUCAAAACUGAUGAUAUAAUUAGUCCAACAUCGACUGCAGCUCAUCAAGAACCAUAACCAGAAGAAACCAACUCAUAUAUCGAUAAAUGUUCAGCAGUUAAUUAUUAUAGUUCAACUUUUACUGAUUUAAUUCAAAUAGAACUCAAGAAUUUGUAAAUCAGUGAAUAAAGAAGAAGACAAGUUAUGGAAAUUAA